GGGCAAACAUGAUUACUGUCACCUCCAAGCUCUCUCUCAUCCCUCCUCCAUUCUUCUCUGUCGUUAACUCUUCUUCUUCUUCUUCACGUUCCAAAGGUGCUCACUUUAUCCUGCUCUAUUUCUCUCUGUUUUGCUGUCUGCUCAGCUCAUACAUGUCAUAGAUUCUUUCAAUUUUCUUAAAAGACCCGUCUUUUUAUAAAAUUUCGUCAACCCUUGAGUGCAAAAACGAUCCUUGAAACUGUGUGAAAGAUUCUGGAAAAUUUUGGCACUUGAAGACAAAUUGGAACUUGUCGUGGAUUGUGUUUGUGUCUGUUUAUAUGUGAAUAUGGAGCCCAAAAGGAAAGUGAAACUAAGAGAAGAUUGGAGGGAGAAAUCCAAACCUAUACCACCGGGAGGCACCUAUCCAGCAAAAGAUCAUUGCAGUCGAUGCGGGCUAUGCGACACCUACUACAUAGCCCAUGUGAAGGAUGCAUGUGCUUUUCUUGGAGAUGGAAUGUCAAGGAUUGAAAGCUUGGAACCUGUUGUGCAUGGUAGAGGAAGGAAAGCAGAUUCCUUAGAAGAUACAUACUUUGGGGUCCAUCAAGAGCAGCUUUAUGCUCGUAAGCUGAAGCCUGUUGAAGGAGCACAGUGGACUGGAAUUGUCACAACCAUAGCCAUUGAGAUGCUAAAAUCCAACAUGGUUGAGGCUGUUGUUUGUGUGCAAAGUGACCCUGAAGAUAGAUUGUCUCCAAGACCAGUAUUAGCCAGAACACCUGAAGAAGUUUUGGCAGCAAGAGGCGUCAAACCAACUCUGUCUCCUAAUCUGAAUACUCUUGAACUAAUCGAGUCUUCCGGAGUGAAACGUCUUCUCUUUUGCGGUGUGGGUUGCCAAGUGCAAGCGUUGAGAUCAGUGGAGCAGCAUCUUAAUCUUGAAAAGCUUUAUGUUCUAGGCACUAAUUGUGUGGACAAUGGAACAAGGGAAGGACUUGACAAGUUUCUUAAAGCGGCUAGUAAGGAGCCAGAGACUGUUCUCCACUAUGAGUUUAUGCAAGAUUACAAGGUCCAACUUAAACACCUGGACGGACACAUUGAAGAGGUUCCCUAUUUCUCUCUACCAGCAAACGAUUUAGUUGAUGUCAUAGCUCCAUCUUGUUAUAGCUGCUUUGAUUACACAAAUGCAUUAGCGGAUUUGGUUAUAGGCUAUAUGGGUGUUCCAAAGUAUUCAGGUGUGAACAUGACUGACCAUCCGCAGUAUAUUACAGUGAGGAAUGAGCGCGGGAAAGAAAUGCUAAGCUUAGUAGAAAACCUUUUGGAGAUCUCUCCAACAAUCAGUAGCGGUGAUCGGCGACCUUUUGUUACAGAGACCGUCAAGGCAGACGAUGCUGCUAAGUUUGGUCAAGGUCCUGCUCAGCCGGCGCCACUAUUUGUUGGAAACAUUAUAGCAUUCAUCUUAAGUUUGGUUGGUCCGAAGGGUCUAGAAUUUGCUCGGUACUCAUUGGAUUACCAUACCAUCAGAAACUAUUUGCACGUCAACCGAAAAUGGGGAAAAGAAAGAGCCAACAGUCACAUGCCUUCAUAUUCCAAAAAGAUAGUAGAAAUGUACAACAAGAACGGUCAGAUAGAUCAAAUGCUCUCUAAGAAAUGAACAUGUAAAGGUCUUUAGUUUGGUCAUGUAAGUUUACAAAUGUUUCACUCAUUCUACAGUGAGUAGUAAUGUACAUUGGUCCUACUGUUUCUCAACUGGUAGUAUGUUAGUAAUAUCCAAAACUAUUUCUCUUGUGAA